AUGAAUACGAAGCUCGUAUACAUUCUCUCGUCCAUCGCAGUCAUUAUUGGUGCCAUCUAUAUUCUCCUCGAUGUGAAUGCUAAUGAAGACGAAACAGAAACAGAAGCCAGUUCUGAAGAAUCCGGUGUAGAGUCAAUACCUCAAUUUAUUCCCACUCACGAAUGGCAAGAAGUCCUACCAAAACAGCCCAUUCCUGCAGGACUUGCGAUCCGGUUUGAUUUUGAAACAGGAAAGAAUUAUGCAAAGCUGCCCGAUGAGAAAGAAGAAAGUAGGCCAUCACCUCGGAUGAACAAGGCUCUAUUUGAUGAGUCAAUUUAG